CAGAACACCGGCAGGAGCAGGCCUUGAGGGUGAAUUACAACUCAUAUGGAGCACAACAUAGGCGUGUGGGCUUUACUAGCCGCAGCAACUGGAGGCAUUAUAUAUGUGGCUUAUAAAGGAAAUUCAAGGAUUGUCUGGAAGUACAAGCAGGGAGAAGAAGCUGGACGAGUUGUAUCGCUACAUAUCUACCCUGUAAAAUCUUGCCGUGGGAUUGACGUAGAAGCCUCCCUGGUUGAGGCCAGGGGCCUAGUGAUGGACCGCCUCUGGAUGGUCGUGACUUCGACAGGGGCUUUCCGGUCACAGCGACAACUUCCAAAAAUGGCCCUGAUCCAGCCAAAUCUACCCUCAUCAUUCUCUGCGCCUUUGGAGAUGAAUGCGCCCGGCAUGCCAACGUGUGUGGUUCCUGUCAAGACGUCUGGCAAACGAAUGAGCGUGCGAGUAUGGGGGGAUACAUGUCAAGGCUAUGAUCAAGGCGAUGACAUUGCUGGGUGGUUGACUAAAUUCUUGGAGGAGGAGGGUUUGAGACUCGUACGCAUCGAUGAGAAAGAGCGCCGACAGGUUGACCUUGCUUUUGCGACGCGCGGCGCCAUCACUGGUUUUGCCGAUGGGUUUCCUUUCCUUAUGACAAAUCAAGCCUCCCUUGACGACUUGAACUCUCGGCUGGCAUCGCCGCUUCCCAUGGCACGAUUCCGUCCAAACAUCGUCGUGAGUGGCCCUCCCGCUUUUGCCGAAGAUGGUUGGGGCAAGAUCAAAAUCGGCGAUCUGCGUCUCCGCGUUGUGAAGCCCUGCUCGCGUUGCAAGGUCCCCAACACAGACAUCGAGACUGCCGAGGUGGGGGUUGAGCCCGGUAACACACUUAAAACAUUCAGGACCGGGGCUUUGCUGGGCAUCGACAUUGGUGGCAAGAAUGAGGUUUAUUUCGGACAAAACCUACUGCACGAUUCUCCGAAAAAGGCGAGCUUCCUCUCUGUGGGAGAUCCCUUGACUAUAUUCGUAUGACAUGUAGAGAAGGGCGAACCUAUUUUCCAUCGCAAAAACCUUAUUGCACGAGACAUACGAAGAAGAUGAAAAAACCGUGCAUUA